AUUGUUUGUUGUUUAUUGCAUAUUAAUAACACUACCGGUUUGACCCGAACCGCCGGUUCGGUCACGGUUUGGUCCGGUUCCGGUUCGGUUCCAGCUAAAAAUAGUUCGGUUCUGUUUCGGUUCUUCAAUUCCGGUUCUCGGUUCGAAACCGGUUCUUCCAAGAACCGAACCGAACCGCACCGUUGAGACCACUAGCUACAUCCAAGGAUUAUUCUUUUCGCAUCUUUAUACAAGUUAUGAAGAACAAAAACAUCACAACUUCUCGAUACAAGCGAAGUUCUUGGAAGUAAUGUUUGAUGAUUUAAAUAUUUCUGGACACAUUGACGCCCGUCCGCUCUCGCCACACACGCUUCCAUCUGGAAAUUUCUCCUUGACCUGCAAUUCUUCGUCACGAUGUGGGGCUCAAGUCACCAACUUUUUCGUGGAGGGACGAGGCACCCCAGUCUACGCUUUCUCGUCAAUAGACAGGCGUUUGUAUUAUUAUUUCUCCGAGUUGGAAAUCGACCACCUUUCUUUUGACGAAUUGUCCCUGAAUUUCGGUGACCUACGAAUUGACGGCAAGAAGUUUGACGUGCAGAAAUGGAACAAACACUUCAAAAAGAGAUUGUUUCGUGACUUGAGCAAACCUGAGAUAAAGCUCGGGUUCGCGGAUAAAGUGCGACAAAGCAUUAACUCAUUCAUAUGGACUUAUCCCAUCGAAUACAUGGACGCAUUCUACUAUUAUUUAGAUUGCAUCUACAAAUUUUAGCGUAGGGUGCCGUAAUUAAAUUUAUUCUUGGAACAACUACAAGAUUAUUAAAAUACUAAAUCCAUGAAUGAACAAAGG